CGUAAAACCAGGCGGGAAAAUAAUAAAUAAAAUAAAAGGAACGUGGCGACGAAGGGAAGGUAGAGCCCGAGCCACGCGCCUACGCUGAGUUUCCCUAAAUGGAACAGGGCAGCAUGGGAGUUCCGAGCUCAGACGGUGGGCGUGGCUAGGCGGGAGACAGCGGCGUUCGGAAAAGCAAGCGGGGCUUCGUUUCUGCUGCCGCUGCCGCAUCAAGUUCGAUCAAGGGCUCUUUGGAAGGCUUUCUUCCCGCCUUUCUGCCCCCCCCUAAGAAGCAAAUAUUCCACUGCCAUGGAGGCGCGUCAUGCAGUUGCUGCGGGCUCCGAAGCCGCGGGGAGUAAGUGGCCGAGCAGGACCUGUUCGGUGCUCUGUUGCCUGGCGAUGGUUGCCUUGCUGGCGCUCCUGAUAGCCAUCGCUUGCCUGGCGCUGCGAGAUCCAGGGCAUGAAAAAGAGAAAAUGGAUAGUACAGAAACCAGCAUUUUAGGAUUUUGGAGUAUUCUUGUUCUAGCCAUGAUGACUGGGCUGUCGUGUUGCAGUUUUUCCUGGACAGUUAUCUAUUUUGAUUCAUUUGAACCAGGAAUGUUUCCUCCUACUCCACUCUCACCUGCACGAUUUAAGCGACUGACUGGACACUCUUUUCAUAUGGGCUAUAGUAUGGCUAUAUUGAAUGGAAUCGUGGCAGCUUUCACUAUAGCCUGGUAUCUUUUAUAAUCUGCUUUUAAAUCUGUAUUUCAGAAUAUAGCCCUUGAAACCAACCAGGCAGCCAUUUGUACACAAAAUGGUAUUUGCUACACUUCCCAUUUGUUUUGUUUAAAACAAGGGAAAAUACUAAAACACAUGAACUGAUGGAAUUUGACAAGGAAAGUCAACCCACGCAUUUAAGGAACCAUUUUCAGAUUCCACUUGACAGGCUCGACUAAGAAUGAAUGGUGAUGUUUAAUUCUGAAGAUGUUCCUGCAGUAUUUUUUGUAUACCAUUAAAUAAAUUUAAAAAUAUGCCUUGUA